AUGACACAUUCCGGAUAUCGCACAAAAUAUACUGAUUUAGACAAGUCAUUCAGCAGAAGGAGGAAAAGAAUUUCGCCCUCAGAGAUUAUUGAGGAUCAUUUACACUUAUCUAGCGAGGCCAAAGUGUUUUUCAUAUUGGAACCGGGACACGACAGCCUUGGAAUGAAUUGCUCAAACAUUGGCGACUACCUAGAUGUUGCAUCUGCUUAUGACUGGUGGAAGGAUGGCAAGACUUUGACGAUGCCAGAAUGCAGGAUCGAGAACAGCCGGUCAUUAGACAUGGGUUUCGACCGGUUCCCAAGCCAACUGUUGGACAUGGGAUUUCCACCUGGCCAUUCAUUCAAUACCAAUGAUUUCGCGGAGCCUGCGACCGGCUCUCUGAACUUCCUGGCACACAAUCAACUGGCCGGUGGCUCAGUCAAUGAUGUUUCGUUCAACACUGGUCAUCCGGAUAUUGACAUGGGCUUUCGUUCACCGGUUCAACAUCAUGAUCCGGACCAGAGGUCAUUAGACAUGGGCUUUCAUUCACCUCAGGCUCAACAUCAUGAUCCGGACCAGAUGUCAUUAGACAUGGGCUUUUAUUCACCUCUGGUUCAACAUCGUGAUCCGGAGCAGAUGUCAUUUGACAUGGGUUUUAAUUCGCCUGUGGUUCAACAUGAUCAUCCGGACCAGAGGCCUUCCGGUGUUGAUCCGGUUGAUAUUCUGGAUCAGUCAAUGGGUCUUCGAUCGGAAGAGACACCUUUGGACAUGGGCUUUGGGACAGAUCCGGCACAUGAUCUUGCCCAUCAAUCGAAUAUUCAACCGGAAGAGACCCCUUUGGAGAUGGCUAGUGAACCGGAACCUAUCGGAUUUGUGAUUCAGCGUGCUGUAGGUGACUUGUGCUUGGCAAUGCACUGGUUGGAGAUGGAAAGGGCUCAUGGUACAAUGUCGCUGGAAGAAGCACUUGUCAGCGAGGAAGUUCUUCAGUCCACUAGUGAGUUAUUAUUGGCAUUUCAACUUAUAUCAAUAUACCGACUGUCGACAUGA